GGGGGUCAAAACACUCGGUGCAUCGUUCCAGGGAAGGUGCGAUUAUCAAUGUAGUAGCAAAUAUGUUGGGCACGCGGAAACAUAAAGAGAGUCGCGUGUCGCCCGUUUGUGUCGCGCGAGGCUGGCGUCACACGUCGCCAAACGAGCGUUCGUGUGCGGCUCCCGUUCGACACCGAUAUUUUCAAUUGCAUGCCUAAUUAAUCGCCAGCGAAUGAUUUCCGAUCUUCCGUCUUUUUUCUCGCUUGAUCUACGACUCCCAGUAUUUUCGUUGAUGAUUCAGCAUGAUGUCAGAUGCGUACUUUGUAAUUUAUUAACAUUCCACGAGUGAUAAAACACGGGACGUCGGAUUGAUAUCUUCGAUUACGCUUGUUAGUUCGUACUAUUUUUUUCUACGGACGACUACGAACUGUCUUGGUCCCAUUUCGAACACAGCCAAGAAUGGUAAAAAUAUUACAUAUUUCUGUAUUAAAUCUCCAGGAUUUUUACUUACUUUUUGCUCGAGUAAUUUACUUGAUGAUGAGAUUAGGGCUUACCGAUUCAUUAUAACGGUGUUACGUACGUUUAUUAGGUUAGGAAGAAAUGGGGAAGAUUGCCGUAGGUCGCUUUAGGAUUCGCGCUUUCCUCCAAGAAUUCCAGAGUAUUUACUUUACGUUCAAUUCGCUUGACAUAUGUAACAAAAUAUACUUGAAGAACAACUGAAGAUGCUCGUUUAAUAAAUAAUCCGGUAUUUUUACAAAAAAUCUGAUUGUUCAUACGUUAAACAUAAUCGCUAUCUGUCACGUGACAAAAAGAGAGAUACCGGUAUUAUUAUAUGCUACUUGCAAGCAUUUGUUGUUCUUCUGUCGGUAGUAUAUACAGUACAGAAAACGAAACGCGAAUGAAAAAUGCUGUGACAUCAAUUCGUGAGUUUAGAGAUCCUACUCUGUCACGUGAUCUGGAAAGUGUGUAAGGCGGGAGAUCCGAGAGAAACUCCCGUGAACUAGUUAAAUUCUUUCGCAUUAGGAUGCUCUUGAAAGCGUGUUCGCGGCGAGACAGAUAGCGGUAAUUUGAAAGCAAGAAAAUUGUGUCGAUUACGGAAACGAGCCGACGGCGAUGCGUUUCCUUAGGUGUUAACGAAAUACGAGAAAAAGUGUAUGCGUAAAUAGAGUCAUAUUACCUAGAGGUCGCGGUCGGUUUCUUGAUACAAUAGCAAUUACGAGAUGCGUGGACGAUAUCAAAUAUACGUUGCAAAAACAUUGCAACUCCUUGGUCCCUGUGGCCGGGAAGGCCAGCAGUGGGGACUCCGUCGAAAAAUCGAUUUCCCGUAGGGCAUAAGGGUGCGGGAGGGGUUGAGAGCAAGGGAGAAGUGUACGGAGACGAAAUUCGGGAAAAUCCGCAGAGAGAGAAAGAUAGAGAAGGACAGAGAUACAAAGGUGGGAAGGGAUGGAGACAGAGGGAAAGAGAAAGAGAGAUCGGUUUCUAGCCCGUUCCGAUGCCGCUCGUGUGGAGUCGCCGUAUUCGAGAGAAUGGAAGCCAUGGAUUUGGACGGGGAUGCGGUCGUGGACUUGAGUGUUAGCAGCAGUGGUAGGAGAAAUUCUCCAUCGAUCACUGUUAACUCUGCUGAUGCAGGAGUUCCAUUAGAUUUAGGUGUUCACUUUUCUUCGAGUCCUAAUGCGGACAGCAACAUGCCAGAAGCACGUAAUAUUCAAAAUGCAGCAAGAGGCAUCCUGGCCCCUAAGUCUGGGGAUGAUAGGAAAACGCGCCGUAAUCUUAGACCUAGGAUUGAAAUAAGUUACGCCGAGACUCCCGAUGAACGUAGAAUAAAUGGUUAUGUGAAUGGGAAUGCUGAUAGUGAUGAAGGUGAUAUGCCUCCUUUGCCUCCAAUAAAGGAGUUAUCAUCGGAUGAAUUGGCUGAACGUGAAAGGACACUUAGAAAAUUAAGGGAGGAACUUAGAUCUGAGGAGAUGAAACUGGUAUUAUUGAAGAAACUGAGACAGUCCCAACAGUUGAAGGAGAACAUUGCUGCUGUGCCCAAAGUACCCAGUAAAUUACCCCCGCCGGUUACAAUACAACAAGCUCCUCAUAGUCAUAGACUGGGAAAGGCACCGCCACCUUUACUUAGAGGACAACCUCCACCGAGCAGGAGCAGUAGUCUACACGCACCACCACCUGGAAUGUUACUACCACCCACCGUUGGUCGAAGUUCCACUUCCAGUACCGGGAUGCCACCUAAUAUGGUCAUACCGCAACCACCUCACCCUAGAGGCAGGCCACCUAGUGCAACGCCGAACGUACCGAAUUAUCACGCGCCAGCAGACAGAACUGAAAGGUCCACGAAAGAUCCGACACCGACACCUGCGCAUCAAGUAAGUAAGCUGCUUGGAUCUCAAGAAAAUAAAACCACCGCAUCCUUAAGCACACCUGUGAUUUCAGAGCAGGAAAGACCAAGAGAUGAUAAUCAGACACCUGCGCAACGUCAGGCGGCUGCUAAAUUGGCUUUGAGAAAACAACUAGAGAAGACUUUGUUACAAAUACCACCGCCGAAACCUCCGCCACCGGAAAUGCACUUCGUACCGAAUCCAUCUAACACUGAGUUCAUAUAUUUGGUGGGUCUUGAGCACGUGGUUGAUUUCAUCACGAAGGAACCUGCUAUUCCACCGCCUCCGGAACCGUUCGAGUGCACCCAAUGCAAAACGGAUUUCACACCUGUAUGGAAAUGGGAGAAGCCUGUUACCGGUGGGAAAAAAGAGAGUCCACGAGGGCAGCACGCUACUUUCCAAAGACCUCCGGCAGGUCGCGAUCCUAGGGUCAUAUGUGAACAUUGUGUGACGACCAAUGUUAAGAAGGCUCUCAAAGCGGAGCAUACUAAUCGGUUAAAAACAGCGUUCGUGAAAGCACUGCAACAGGAACAGGAAAUAGAACAGAGGUUGGCGCAAGCAGCGAGUCCAGAUCCCCCAGCUCCAAAACCAGUUCCUAAGGCAGCUACUCCUACGAGGAGAGUGGCAACGCCACCGGCUCCUCCACCUCAAGUUCCACCGGCACCGACGCUAGCUCCAACUCCACCGCAGGUUCCACCAGCGCCGAAACUGCAGGAUCAUCCAUUAGUCAAAUUGGCGGAGAGCGGGAAGUUCAGCCCCCAUCACGCUGCUGCUGCUGCUUUGCAGCAGCAAUUACUCAGAGAACUGGCGAAAAAUCCUGUGCCGGGACUGCCUCCACAUCAACCUCUUCCAGCUCAUAUGAUGCCACCAUUUACCUCGAUAUUAUACCCGUACCAGCUUGCAAUGGCGCAGGCCGGCGGCAAGGGUCUCGCAGAAUUGCAGCGGCAAGCAGCGGAUCUCCAACGUCAAUACUUGUUGGACAUGAUCCCGCCGCAGGCGUCGCAGGCGCAAGGCAACCAGGCCCCACCUCGGGCCCAUCCACACAAUUGGAAGACGUAACCGGACGCAUUUAGAGAAUGACCAUUGAACGCGAACAAGUGAAACCGCAGAGCUGUGUUAGAGAAUAUUGAGGAGCGAAGAUACUCGUAUUCUUGUUUUCCACGACAUCAUUUUAAUGGAAGGAAAGAGUAACACGUAAAUAAAAACAACAACGGGGAUCUUUUGAUAAAGUGUGACAACCACAUCUUCAUGAUCCUUUUAGGAUGAUAUAUAAAUACAUAUAUAUAUUAUGUGUAUACCAGUCGUUAAGCGCCUGGUAUUUUUUAUUUACAAAGUGAAGCUCAAACUCGAAACAAUGGGACAUGGCCGUACUUCCUUAUAUCAAUUGUGAACAUGGGGAAGAGUUUAAUCAUCGGUUUUGUGAAUACGCAUCGAUUCGUGUGAGUGUGAAUUAUGAUUGUUAUCCGGAAGGUUCUCAUCUCGUCUCGGAGAACCGACGAUUUCAGUUAUAAUACACGAAUGAUAAUUAUCGUAAAAAAAAUUAUUUUGUCUGGUGAUUUCGGAGGAAAUAAAAGUAACCGAAACGAUCAGCAAAAAAGAUUUUUCCUUCUACGAUCAAUAUCGGCUUACUCUUCGAUUAUCAUCUGUUAAUUACUUUUUAAACAGUACUAUAUAAGAAUAAUAGGUGACUGUCAAUCAAUUGGAGUAUAUAGUGCAUAAUAACUUGGACGCACAUGAAUGAAUAUGAAUUGCUUCAAUUAUUACAUUAUAUAUAUUAUAUAUAUAUAAAGAACCAAGUGGACAUUUAUAAGGCACUAAGGACAGUAAUAAGUGUUACGUGGUUAUAAACAAAUGAUUGGUUAAUUAGUAAUAGCAGUGAUGAGAGAGAUCAGAAAAUGCGUACGCGCAAAAUCACGCGACGUAAAAAACAACAAAGAUGAAGAGAAGGUGGAAUCUUUUUAGGCCCUUGAUAAUAGUAUAGUUAAGACGACCUUUGUCGCUGGUUUGAAUCAUUUUUGCAACCAUCGGCGGUACCUGUACUCUGUGUAUAUCUCUUUAUUUUCUUUAAACUGUGAGUAUUUUUAAGGUGUACGUGUGAGAGAAAAAGAAAGAGUCCAGAAAGAGAAAGAAUGAAUGGACGAGAGACAGAGAAAGUCGUGGAAUAUUGUAUGAAAGGAAAACCGGAAAAAAAUGAGGAAUCUUUGUAAGAAAGUGCGUAUCAGGGAUUCAGUCAGUGGAAGAAUGUGGGAGUGACAGUAAUAUUUUCUUUUUUUUUCUUAUCGAUGCAAGGGGGCGAAGGAUGAGUAUGUUUUUAGACAAAAAACUAGGGUGACACGAGUGUCAUUCGCGCACAAAACUCGUGAGCAUUUCGUGAUAAAUAAUACUUCAGGCCCAUUUCGAUGCAGGAUGUAUUUAAGGAAAAAUAAGGAAAAAGGUGUGAAACAAAAGAGUAUAUAUUUAAAAUGGACAAAAAAGUAAGAAAGAAAAUUUGUCGACUGUUACGAUGUAAAUUAUGAUGAUAGGCGCGAUUGAUUUCAUGUGUCAUCGUUGAUGUAAAAGUAUUUAAAGAAUUUUAAAAACAGGUCGUAUGUAUCCGAAGUUUUUCCGAGAGAAAAAAAUGAAAAAGAAGAAAAAAAACGAUUGAGUGGCGGAUUGCCGAGUUUUUACGAAAUCCUUUCUUCAGAUAAAAGUGAACGAAAAUGACAAAAACACGUAUUUGCACCUUUUGGAGAAAAAAAAAACUAAGAAAGAAAAGGAUCGAAGCUAAUUCUCUCCGGCACACACAUCCCAAGCAAUUUCUAUUACCACUCCUCCCCACUCUGAAUAAUCUGAUUUUUCAUUGAUUACCCGGCUAACCAACCGAUCUUGGUCACAAUUUUCCGAAUCACUAAAUAUAUAGUUAACUGUAGUCUUGAUAUUUCUCGGUAUAUGAUACAAGUUAAUAAACUAAAAAUAGCAUAAUCAAUCUCUCUUUGUACUACGUGAUAGAUUUUUGAACUCAUACUUGAUAUACAUGUACACCGUAAUAAGUCUAUCGAUCGCAUAAUAGAUCAAGAUCUGUGUUCUUUGUGUAAGAGAAAACGAAGUUUAAAUGUCAUCAAAUUGUCAACUGUAACAUUAUUGCCAGGGCGCUACCGCUGUCAUCCUCCUAAUCGUAAAAGAAACGAAGCAAGAAAUGCAACAGAACGACAACAUCAAAACUAAUAGUAAUGAAAACGAAAGAAGGCGGGAUUUAUUCGUAAUUUAUAAUCACGCGAAGGGAGGGAGCCGCGUGGUGCUUUUAACGCACACGAAUUAUGUACAAUUUAGAAUGCAUAUUAAUUUAAUUAUUUUAUGUUAUGAAUCAGUUGUUGAACGUGCGCACUUUUUUUUAUUGUAUGUACCUUGUCUUUUAAGAUUGAACAAAAUUAAGAUGAAUUAAAAACAAUACGUUUAUUUUAUUUCAUCAUAUGAAAGAGUCGCGUUUCUCGCCAGCCUCCCUUUCUUCGUGGCAAAGCUGUACGUUGUUUAAUUUAAGAAAAGAAUAAAGCGAAUAUGUGCGCGGUGCAUCACUCUUAUGACUGCCGAAUUCGCGUGAGAAUGAUCUUGAGAGUCUUGCGCGAAAAAAGGGAAACCGUUAGGAAAUCAUAAUGCAUUUUUUUCACGUGAUAACGCGAAACAAGGGUUACGAGAAAGAAAAUCAUGUAAGAAUGAAUAACGCGAAAAAAAGAUGAGCAACUACGUUUCUUCCUAUCUUCCUUUCUAGUCUUGUCUUUCACCUCUGCGUGGUGCUGAUUUAAGAACUGAAAGCACUCCUCAAGGGAGAAGUGCGAAAAUAUAAUUUUAUACUCUGAAAACGAGAAAACAAAAGAGGAAAACAUAAUUUUCUUUUUGCUACAAGGAGAAUAAACUCAAAAAAAGAAGGAAAAUAAGCUCGCUGCAGAAACUUGACGCUGGGCGGUAGUGUGAAUGAAACAAACGAAAAAUGAGGGGAAAGAGUAAAACAAGUCGAAGUUUCAGUUCGAUGUAGCUAAAGCAAUACAGAACUUCGAACGUCGCGGAAUAGUAUUCUAUGUAAGGUAUUUCGGAGAAAAAGGAAAUGAGACGCUUGUGUAACGAAAACGAGGUCCGAUAUUUCGUGGGGACGCAGAAUGAACAAAAGACAAAAAAAAAUAAAAAGAAAGCUUGUAUUUAGGCGCAUCGCGGAAAUUUUACGUCCAAAGAGAGAAAAACGAAAAAGAGAGAAGAAAUUAAAUUCGUAUUACCGUAAUCUUUAAGUCUGGCUACCUGACGCGAAUCUCUGCCCCCACAAUUUAUAGGAUUAGUAGUUUUAAAAAGUACAGGUUUAACGAAUACUCUGGAGACUACACGAAUAAAGCUUAUCAAUGAUUGUA